GCGCUGGGCCUCGGGGCCUCGCGUCUCCGCCCGCCCACCGGCUCGCUCACUCGCUCGGAGCUCAGGCCGCCGCCAUGUCUUCCGGGGCCAGCGUAAGCGCCCUGCAGCGCCUGGUGGAGCAGCUCAAGCUGGAGGCCGGCGUGGAGAGAAUCAAAGUCUCUCAGGCGGCAGCAGAGCUUCAACAGUACUGCAUGCAGAAUGCCUGUAAGGACGCCCUGCUGGUAGGUGUUCCAGCCGGAAGCAACCCCUUUCGGGAGCACAGAUCCUGUGCUUUACUCUGAAGACUGGGAAGAAGUCCGCUGAGGAAUGCUUUCAAGCACCAAGUGAUGAAUGACUGCCUCCAAAUCUCAAGAACGCACUUCUCCAGCCAAAUGACUUUUAGAUAUUUCACAGGACCUUUCCUGUGGCCUGGUCCUUUAGCCAAAAUUCUAUGGAAAUUUAUGAGUUUCUACUCAAGGAAACUGGGUGAAGGAGUAGAUUUUAAAAAAUAACGGCCUGGUUCUUUGUUAAGUGCUUUAUACUUAAACAAAAACCUUACCACCAAAUAUACCAAAAUACACCUCUUUCAUUAAGUGAAUUACUAACGUUUCUAUACCUGGAAUGUUACAUAUGUUUUAUUUACUAGAUGUUUACAUUUUUGGAAGGAAAACGGUAUUGUUUGUUAAAAAAAUUAAAUAUUUGUAAUUUGUUGUUCCUGACUAAGAUUUUUAUACCAUAACAAAAUUUGUUCUUUUCUCAUGAAUUUAUAAUUUCUAAAUGAAGACAAGCAAGUAUAAAAUUGGGGAAGAAUGGGCUUUAUUAAUCAAAUGAUGUCUUGAUUUUUCUAAAUGAGAAGAUUGUUUUAUUUUUAACACUAAAUAUGGGAGCUGUUUCUUAGCAAACUUGUUUGAAAGGAUUAAUGUUGUGUUGUGUAUUAGAUUGCCCCAUCCUGUAUAUGAAGCAGAUUUGAUCUUUGUCUUCUUAAGUUUCUCUAUUUUAUAAUGGUGGUUUUACUUAAAAAAAAUACUAAAUUAUUUCAUGUCUUUAAACCAAUGUUUAAAUGUCAUCUACAGAAUAUUGCAAAUGAUUAAAAAAAAAGUGAUGGGAAAAUAUUACAACCUAAAUGAAUUCUCAAUGUCACAAGUGUUUUACUUUGAUGAUGUGCCUUUGAUUUAAUUUGGGACACUUAAAAGAAUACUUUAUAUGUGUUUGUUAUAAUCUUUGAAGAGCUUGGAAAUAAAAUUUCUGCUUAAUUUCUGCUAAUGACAGCAA